ACCAGAUACAUAUCUCGACUAGAGUUCAGAGGGUGGGACUGUUGUAAGAUUGGUUAUUGAACUACAUUUUCACUCACACCGGUGGGCCAAGUAGCACUCCGCAGGGUGGCUGCACAGGGAAAUUCCAGUAAUUAAUCGCACCUAUUGUAUUAGUACUCGCAAUAGGCUUAGAGACUUGUUGGGCUUCCCUGCUGCCUCGGCAGCCACCCAAUGGACGAGGAAGAGGCACUCCUAUAUGAUGAUUAUGAGCCAGACCUGGAGCAAGAGGCAGAUCUUGAACCACCAGAGGCUGUGCCAGCAAUUGCUGAACCAGAGCAAGUAGACCAACAGACACCGGAACCUGUUGCCAGCAGCAAGGAGGAGGUGCAAGAUGCACCGCCCCGAGGGGAGGAAGCGGCUGGGCCAUCUGGGCGCGGAGGCCUCGGUGGAGGUGUACCUAACAAGAUAAAGCGGGGUCAGAGCUCAAGUCAAGGUGUGCGGUACUUCAUUAUCCGUUCCAGUACGCUGCAAAACAUCUUCAUCUCUGUCCGCGUCGGGGCGUGGGCGACAACUCGCCAGAAUGACGACAAGCUUGAUGACGCUUUCCGCAAGAGCAGGGAAGUUCGCCUAUUGUACUCCGUCACAGGCAGCAACGCGUUUCAGGGAUACGCAGUCAUGCGUUCGCCCAUCGGGAGGUUUGGCCGGCCUGUCAUCUGGGAGAACGGGAAGCAGUUCGGCAACCCGUUCGCUGUGGAGUGGCGUGUCCUGUUCGACCUACCGCACAGCGAGUGCGAACAAAUCCGCAACCCUUACAACGAGAACAGGCCGGUGUUCAUAGCACGUGAUGGGACGGAGAUACCGCAAGAGCAGGGGGACCUCCUGGUGCGCUUAAUGCAGGAGCGCGCAGCAGCCGCUGGUGCCAAGCCGCCGCGGCAGCAGCUUGCGCUAAUGGACCCAGGAGCCAGGGGUGGGCCUGCACCAGGCAUGAUGGGGCGUGGGGGCGGCAUGCUGGCUGCACCCGGCGGCAGGCUGGGCCCCGGCCCCCGCGGCGCAGGCAUGGGUCCGGGCAUGCGGCCGCCGCUACCCGGUCCCGGCAUGGACUCUGCCAUGUUGGGCCUGGGUGGUGUGGCGCCGGGCCUGUUGGGCCCAAUGGGUUCCCUGGGCAUGGGCGCCAACGUCAACAUGGAGCAGGUGGCGGCCAUGGUGGCUAUGAACAACGUCAACCCAGCAGCGGUGAGCGCCAUGCUGCAGCACGCUGGCCUGGGCAUGCAGCCGGGCGUGGGUGGCAUGCAGCAGCAACAGCCAAGCUUGCAAGCCAUCGCGUCUGCCAUGGUGGCCACAAUGGCCACGUUACCUCCCGAGCAGCAGGCGCUGGCGAUGAGCGCGAUUACGGCCAGCAACCCUCUGCUCGCUGAGGCGAUGGCUGCCGUGGUCAGCGGUGGUGGACCCGGUGCCGGUGGCCCUGCGGGCAUGCAGCCAGGUGUCUCUGGAAUGGGGGCGGGCGGUGCGAUGGCAUCCAUGGGCGGGCAAUUGGGCGGGGUUGGCCCGGCGGGGGCCAUGAACGGCUCAAGCGGCCUCGGUCACGCCCACCGCCAGGCGGGAGCCAUGGGCCGUAACGGAAACAUGGGGGAGAUGGGCGGCGCUAGGAUGUUGCACGCAAAUCAGCAGUUGCUGCAGCAACAGCAGGCCCAGCAGCAGAUGUUAGACUUCAACCGCGACGACGUCGUGCUUGAGGGCAGUGACGGCCGGCUGCGCAGCGCACGCUCGCGGUCACGGAGCCGAAGCCGCAGUCCAGUUCAUGGCCGGCGGGGUGGGGGCGGCGGGGUGGUGGACUUCAGCAACAUGACGUACGAGCAGUACCUCCAACAGUACGGGCGGGUGCAGCAGGAGGUACGGAGACGAGUGGGCGGCAGCAACGGACGGCAGCGGAGCAGGUCGCCAGAGCUGUCGCCUCGAUAUCCGCGGGAAACGUCACCAGCGUCGCAGGUCGCUGUAGGCCAGGGCCGCAUGGAAGGCGGUGGCGGCAUGGCCGUGGCCAGCGGUGCGAGCGCUGGUACGGGUAUGGGCGCGAAACCGGGCGGCCAGCCGUACACGGAGGAAGAGUACAUCCGGGUCACGCAGAUGUGGUAUGCCUCGCGUGGACAGGCGCCCCCGUCUGAAAGCUACAUCCGGCAACAUUAUCGUCAGAUGCUGUCACAGCUGCAACAGCAGCGGUGA